UCCGCAAGAUCCUUUAUUUCCCAUAGACAAGAGAUUGACUUUCAGAUCGUGCACGCAAUCACUCUGUUACUCCAUAAAUACCCAAUUCCCCCACACUCCCACAUUCAGACCCACAAGCUUCAAUCGAAACGAAAAUGGCUUCUCCCCUGCUUCUCUUCGUCCUCCUCCCUCUCCUCGCACCUUCCCUCACAUCUUCACUCCCAAUUCCAUUGCAAUCCGCCUUUCAGCAAUGCCUCAACAAUAACUCCAAGAACCCAGUCCCAUUCUCCAAAACCCUCUUCUCCCCUGCCGCCAAUUCCUCUGUUUUCACUUCCGUCCUCUCAAACCCUGCUCAGAACCUCCGCUACUUGCUCCCUUCCGUCCCCAAGCCGCUUCUCAUCUUCCGCCCGCUCCGCAUUUCCCACGUCCAAGCCGCCGUGAUCUGCGCCGGAAAGCUCGGCUUCCACUUCCGGGUUCGCAGCGGCGGCCACGACUACGAGGGCCUCUCUUACGCCGCCGAGAUAGAGUCCCCUUUCCUCAUUCUCGACCUCUCCAGGUUCCGCAAGGUGGACGUCGACAUCGCUUCCAACACCACCUGGGUUCAGGCCGGAGCCACCGUCGGCGAGGCUUACUACCGGAUCGCUCAGAAGAGCCCCACCCACGGCUUUCCCGCCGGGCUCUGCACCAGCUUGGGAAUCGGCGGACACAUCACCGGCGGAGCUUACGGCUCCAUGAUGAGAAAAUACGGCCUGGGAGUCGACAAUGUCGUCGACGCCCGCAUAAUCGACGCCAACGGGAACCUCCUGAACCGUCGGAAAAUGGGGGAAGACGUUUUCUGGGCGAUCAGAGGCGGCGCCGGGGGAAGCUUCGGAGUAAUUGUCGCCUGGAAAUUGAAAUUGGUUACCGUCCCCAAAACCGUGACGGUGUUCAAUGUUCCCAGGACAUUGGAACAGAACGCCACCAAGCUUCUGUACAAAUGGCAGCAAGUCGCUCCUCUGCUCAACGACGAGCUGUUCAUUCGAGUUCUGAUUUUGGCUACCCCGAUCGCCAAUUCCACCAAGAGAACCGUCACAACAACCUACAACGCUCUGUUUCUUGGAAAUUCCAAUCGGCUUCUCAAGAUCAUGGGUUCAAAAUUCCCGGAGCUGGGUCUGACGAAGAAGGAUUGCGUUGAAACGAGCUGGAUCAAAUCUAUUCUGUUCAUUGCAGGGAUCCCGGCCACCGUUGCUCCCGAGUUCCUCCUACAGGGGAAGUCCUUCGCCGCCGCGGGGUUCUUCAAGGCCAAGUCGGACUUCGUAAAGGAGCCGAUCCCGGAGAAGGCGAUUGAAGGGAUAUGGAGAAGGUUUCUCAAGGAGGACUUUCCAUUGUCGAUAUGGAAUCCGUUUGGCGGGGAGAUGGGAAGGAUUUCGGAAUCGGCGACGCCGUUUCCUCACCGGAAGGGGACGUUGCUCAUGAUCCAGUGGCUGACUGCGUCGCUUGACGGGAAUGUGAGCUCUGCUAGACACAUGGAUUGGAUCAGGGAGCUGUAUAGGUACAUGGCUCCCUAUGUUUCCAAGUCGCCGAGGACUGCGUAUGUGAACUACAGGGAUCUGGAUUUGGGGGUGAACAAGAAGGGCAAUACGAGUUUUAGCGAGGCAAAUGUUUGGGGUCGCAGGUAUUUCAAGAAUAACUUCGGCAGAUUGGUGAAGAUCAAGGCCAAGUUCGAUCCUCAUAACUUGUUUAGGCAUGAACAGAGCAUUCCGGCCGUUCCAGUUUAAGUUGCAGAGUUGUCGAGUUCAAGUUGUGUUGAGUGUUAUAAUUUGUCUCGUUUCGUUUCGUUUCGUUUCGUUUCGUUUCGUUUGUUAAGAGUCCUUGCUCUGAGCUUUACUUUACAUGAUUGAAUUAUCUCAAUUCGACAAUUCGUAUGGAUAGACAUGCUUACAUAAAUUAGCUAUCUUAAUAUGAAAAUUAGGAAGCGAUAAUAUAUGAAUCUUGCUACCUUUAUAUUUAGGUUAUAAGUAUAAUAUGUCACUCUACUAUGUGGUUUAUCAUAAUGUCUUUUUUAUUAUUUUUCACAUCAAACUUGCUCCUAUACAUUGGAAAAUUAUCAAAGAUACCCUUUUGUUAAAAUUUUCAUUCAAAAACCUUUAACCAGAGCCGAACUUUGGUUUGGGCGACACAAAUGUCAAAAGUAUCCUAAUAAUUUCACUUUUGAAAU